AUGGAUGGAUCUAUCUAUCUAUCUAUCUAUCUAUCUAUCUAUCUAUCUAUGAGUGUAUCUAAUUUAUAUCUAUCUAUCAAUCUAUCUAUCUAUGAGUCUAAUUCAUAUCUAUCUAUCUAUCUAUCUAUCUAUCUAUCUAUCUAUCUAUCUAUCUAUAUAUCUAUGAGUGUAGCUAAUUCAUAUCUAUCUAUCUAUCUAUCUAUCUAUCUAUCUAUCUAUGAUGUAUCUAAUUCAUAUCUAUCUAUCUAUCUAUCUAUCUAUCUAUCUAUGAGUGUAUCUAAUUCAUAUCUAUCUAUCUAUCUAUCUAUCUAUCUAUCUAUCUAUCUAUCUAUUUAUCUAUCUAUCUAUCUAUCUAUCUAUCUAUCUAUCUAUCUAUCAUGCGCAUGUAUAGUCGCAUCAACUAAGAUAUAUAAUCCGGGUCUCAUUCUACUCACUCGGCCACGUGCCUGCCUAUCUAUCUAUCUAUCUAUCUAUCUAUCUAUCUAUCUAUCUAUCUAUCUACGUGGAGAUGGGGAGAUCUAUUACACGUGGAUCUACAGUCUGUCCUUCAUAUCUUUUUUAUAUUGGAGUGACAGGAAACAUAGGAGAGACAACGGCCAUCCACCGUGGAAUAACUUCCGAGGGUGA